GAGGGGCGACUUGGCCCGGCGAACUACAAAGCCCGGCGGCCCCGACCGCUAGGGAGGACAGAUUAAGCUUGUGCGGACCUGGACAGGGCGAAUCUGUGUCUCUUUGUCUUGAGGGGGCUCUUGGGUGGUCGCGGAACUGGGCUCUAUGCGCUGGGAGAGGGAAGUGGAGGUCUCUGAAAUAAGAUGAAUUUGGCUGAGAUUUGUGACAAUGCAAAGAAAGGAAGAGAAUAUGCACUUCUUGGAAAUUACGACUCAUCAAUGGUGUAUUACCAGGGGGUAAUACAGCAGAUUCAGAGACAUUGCCAGUCAGUCAGAGACCCAGCCAUCAAAGGCAAAUGGCAUCAGGUCCGGCAGGAAUUGUUGGAAGAAUAUGAACAAGUUAAAAGUAUUGUCAGCACUUUAGAAAGUUUUAAAAUUGACAAGCCCCCAGAUUUCCCUGUGUCUUGUCAAGAAGAACCAUUUAGAGAUCCUGCUGUUUGGCCGCCUCCUGUUCCUGCAGAACACAGAGCUCCACCUCAAAUCAGGCGUCCCAAUCGAGAAGUAAGACCUCUGAGGAAAGAAAUGGCAGGAGUAGGAGCCCGGGGACCUGUAGGCCGAGCACAUCCCAUAUCAAAGAGUGAGAAACCUACAAGUAGGGACAAGGAUUGUAGAGCAAGAGGGAGAGAUGACAAGGGAAGAAAAAAUAUGCAAGAUGGUGCAAGUGAUGGUGAAAUUCCAAAAUUUGAUGGUGCUGGAUAUGAUAAGGAUCUGGUGGAAGCCCUUGAGAGAGACAUUGUAUCCAGGAAUCCCAGCAUUCAUUGGGAUGAUAUAGCAGAUCUGGAAGAAGCAAAGAAAUUGCUAAGAGAAGCUGUUGUUCUUCCAAUGUGGAUGCCUGAUUUUUUCAAAGGAAUUAGAAGGCCGUGGAAGGGUGUGCUGAUGGUUGGACCCCCAGGCACUGGUAAGACUAUGCUGGCAAAAGCUGUUGCCACUGAAUGUGGCACAACAUUUUUCAAUGUUUCUUCUUCUACACUGACAUCUAAAUACAGAGGUGAAUCUGAGAAGUUAGUCCGUCUGUUGUUUGAAAUGGCUAGGUUUUAUGCCCCUACCACAAUCUUCAUUGAUGAAAUAGACUCUAUCUGUAGCCGAAGAGGAACUUCUGAUGAGCAUGAGGCAAGUCGCAGAGUCAAGUCUGAGCUCCUCAUUCAGAUGGAUGGAGUUGGAGGAGCUUUAGAAAAUGAUGAUCCUUCCAAAAUGGUUAUGGUAUUGGCUGCUACCAAUUUCCCAUGGGACAUUGAUGAAGCUUUGCGAAGGAGAUUAGAGAAAAGGAUAUAUAUACCUCUCCCAACAGCCAAAGGAAGAGCUGAGCUUCUGAAGAUCAAUCUUCGUGAAGUUGAGUUAGAUCCUGAUAUUCAACUGGAAGAUAUAGCAGAGAAGAUUGAGGGCUAUUCUGGUGCUGAUAUAACUAAUGUUUGCAGGGAUGCUUCUUUAAUGGCCAUGAGGCGGCGUAUCAAUGGCUUAAGUCCAGAGGAGAUCCGUGCACUUUCUAAGGAGGAACUUCAGAUGCCUGUUACCAAAGGAGACUUUGAGUUGGCUCUUAAGAAAAUUGCUAAGUCUGUCUCUGCUGCAGAUUUGGAGAAGUAUGAGAAAUGGAUGGUUGAAUUUGGAUCUGCUUGAGUUUUUGUCAGCUCUUUCAUUUUCAGUGUAUUUAUUUAUAAAAUGUGAAGAAAUUCCUGCAGUUUUUCAAGACAGGUUUGGAAUUUUUCAUUUGAGAAGUUCUCACUUAGAGGCAAAAAAGAAAACUAAAACCACAAAGUACUAAAUGUGGUUUUGAACUAAGAAAAACUUGAAUAGAGAAUCUGAUUGUCUCCCUUGCCUGGCCUUGUGCUGGUAUUCCACGUACUCAUGCAUUGAUAUUCUGCACCCAAACCAGUAUAUCAGGGAGGCCAAAGAAAGUAGCAGUGUACUGUUUUAGAAACUUAUUUACAAAAGAUUUAGAAGGAUGUUCCUUACUUGCAUUUGUCUCUCUUUUUGUUUGUUUUUCAAUUUAUUGCUCUAUGACUAUGAGGGAGCUAUAUAUAUUGGCUUUUAACAACAAAACUGGGUUUGCAAAUUCAUUGUUAUAAGAAAAAUGAUAGUAAGUUUUGGAGGAAAUAAGGAAUUUGCUAGUUUCAAUCUUUAGAUUUCAGUUCCUACUUAACUGUUAGAGUGUAACAGUUAUAAUUUUCACUCCUUCCUUCCCCAUUGUUUCCUUUAUUAGCUGUUUGAUUAUUUUUUUGAGCACUAUCGAGAAAUAACCUGUGCUCUGGGUUUUAAUCGUUUUGCCAGGUGGUUUCUCUGGUCCAUAGCAUUUUUUGCUAAUAUCUCUUAUAAGGAGUGCUUCUUCAUUCUAGACUUCUGAGUUUGUUUUUGCUUUUCUUUCAACAUGUUGAACCAGUUACAGCUAAUAUUUUUCUCAGCUCCAACACAAUUUGAUUUUUGUUGAAUUCAAUUUUAGUAUUUAAGAAAAUACUUUGACAUUUUAAACAAACCCAGUCUGCAUGGCUAAUGCAAAACAAAAUGUUUGUAGUUUUCCACACAGCUUGUUUAACAACACCAUCAUAUGUAAUGAAUGAUGUUUACUUGAAAAGUUUGAAAUUCUUCCUUGUCUAGAUGAAGAACUGGUACACAAAGUAAGAUCAGGUUAGAAAUCUGUCUGCUCAUUCAGACCAGCAGGAAUUAGAUGGUAGAUCAGAGCCAGGAAAGGCAAAUGACACAUAUCUAAUCACAAGUAGAGUAUUCUGAGGGGUUAGGUCUUAUAGUUAAUUACAUUUAUUCUAUUUGAAUCAUUAGACAAUCUGUUUUAGUGAUCAGGCUUUUUAAAAUUGGUAUUUGAUGACAUACUAAAUUCUUGAUUUUGAAUAGCACCUACUGAUUUAAAGCAUAUAUUAUAUGGCUUGUAGACACAGGAGAAACUCUUAGUGUCUUGCUUAAAAGAUUUAACUUUUUCCCAUUAAGAACUCUAAAUGCCUCAUGUUCUUUUCAGAUAACUUAAGUCUUCUUUUAAACUUCAGUAUUUAUCUGAUGCAAUAAAUUUCCCUUUUUCCUCAGAGACACAGAUAAGACUCUAAAUCAUAAGGCAUCAUGAUUUUAUUAUAAUUGGAUUAAUUCAUCUUGAAAAACUGAAAUGAAGUUGCCUUUUAUUUAUUAACUUUUAUUUUAUUUAUUUAUUUAUUUAUUUUUGAGAUGGGCUUUCCCUGUGUUGCCCAGAAUGGUCUCAAAUCUCUGGGGUCAAUUGAGCCUCCCACCUCAGCCUCCCAAGAAUGUGGGACUAGAGGUAUGCCCUGCUGCACCCGGCUCUAGUUGUAAACUUUCAAAAUAAAGAAAUAAUCCCACCAAAAUUAUCUUGUGGACUAUUGCCAUUCAGUAGUGUAUUUUUCCCCCUAAAUUUUUUGGGAUAAUUGUUAAAACAUAGUUAUGUAAUUAAAAAAACUUCUCUGUCACAAUUUAAUUGAUUUGUAGACCUUUUCUAGGUUUUGUGUUACUUACCUCAGCGUGUAUUUAAUUGUUUUAAUUCUUUAAGGAUAAUGACAUAGCAAUUGUGUUUCUUUUAUUACCAGUUAAGCAGUAUUUGGGACUCAAAACUUCCCAGAAGCUUAUCUUGACUUAAUUGAGUCAUCUGUGCUUGUUUCCCUUGUUUCUCGUUUUGCUCUGUCAGUGGAUGGUGAAGGCUUUGUAUAUCUAAGCCCCUUAAAAGAUCACAAAGAGUCCCGCACGUGUUCUGUCCAUUUUUUAGUAUACACUGCCUUUAUUGCAAGACAGUGUUUUGCCUUCCCUGGAAUGAGAAAGAAUUGCUUUGGUUUGCUUUUCUAUGUUGUAAAAGCAGAUGCAUUAUCAGAAGUAUACAUUUUAGUUCCUUUAAUUCUGGAAACGUGAGUGUUCAGGGUUCUGUGGCACAAUGAUGUUAGGACUGCACUGGGUAUAAUUCUGCUUUUCAGAUAUAUAAUCAGAUGGUCCCUUCAUGGGCAGACGUGGAUUGCUUGCUUGCUUGCUGUAUACAGGGCAAUGGGUGGGAGCUCUGACUUGCAAAGCGGGAACAGACAGUGAAGUUCUGACUUGUUGCUUUCUCUAAUUACUCUGUGUAGCUUCUGCUUUCUGCUGAAAUAAGAGUUUACCUCAACAAUCUAUAUUUGAGAAAAUAAUAUAAAAAAGUUCCCCCUCCCUCUUUUUUUGCUCUUUAAUCAGUUUUACAAUUAGAACUGAUCCAUUUGUUUCAACAAUAUAAACCUAUUAAAGAUCUGAUGAUUGUAAUCUCACUUUUAUCAUUUUCUAUACUAUAAUUACAUGUGUAAUUAUGGUAAAUGGGUACACGUUACAUGUUUACUGUAAUCAUUUUGCUCCCACAAUUCCUUUGAUUUUAAAGGGAAUUAAUGUUGAUCAAAUAUACCAGACAAAUUGCUCUUCAGUGGCAGUUGUAUCCUCUUAGUCACCCAAGUAGAUAGCAGACAAUAGUAUCACAGCCUCUCCAGACACAAUCUAGGCUCUGUCUGCUAUCUCCCAAAAUACUAAGACACUGUGGAAUGGAAUCACCCUGCAGGCCGGCUGUAUAGCUAGGGCUUCAUUUGAGCUCCUGAGAUUGUGGUUUUUGUGAUAUGAUUUUUGACUUGCAAAUAUUUCAAAAAAUUGGCUGAAGUCUCGAUUCAGAAAGUAGGCAAGCACUGAUGAAUCUAAAAUGAACAGCCAUACAGCUAUAUCAAGGAAAAAUGUGUAUAUACAGGCCAAAUUGACAAUAUAUUUAUCAUUCUUUCACUUUACUCUGUGCAGCCCAACUAUUGGACAAGAAAUGAUAGAUACUCUUUAGAGAGCAUGAGUUCAUUUGGCUUCCUUUCUUGGAAGUAAGUUUCUGUGUAUACUGAGGAGUCUGAGAUGAGAAUCACAAAACAUUAAAACAGUAACUGUGUCAUUGACACCGCUUGAGGUAACAUAAAGGACUAGGCAGGUAUUUCAUGUAUGGGUGUCUUUGACUCCUUCAGUAUUGUCUAAUAAGUUCUUGAGUCUUUUUUUGCAUCAUAGUUAAUUUCUACUUUUCCUUUUAUCUUAUUAAUAAUAAAUCACCUUAGAGGAUCUCCUAUAUGUUAGGAAUCAGUUAAGGGUAUAUGCUGGCUUUUUCCAAGAAAAGGUUAUUUAACUUGUAUGAGGAAAAAAAUCAUACUAUUCUAACUUUUUUUGUGUCUUCAUUUUGUUCUUUAACUGUUCUGUGUAUUUUAUACAUACCACUUAAUUUGUGAUGCACAUAAUAUUUAUGUGAAUCUAAGCAUCUGUCACACAGAAAAAAGCAGGAACUAUGGUUGGGAGAACAUGUUAAAGGGAUAAAAAUGUUUUGCUCUCAUUUCCACUAAUAGUAUUUGCAUAAAGAGCUAAAAACUCUGUUGUAAUUAUUGUUAAGUUUACUUAUUUAUGCUUUUAAACUAGGUUUUUCAUAGUUAUUUAUUUAAUAAUCUUGGACAUUUACUUUUAAUGUUGUUUCUGAAUGUGGAAACUGUAUUUAAAAAAUCAAAUCUGUGUAAUAAUAGAUAUGUUUAUACAUGUUCAUGUGAUUGACAAUAAUUUGAAUUUUUAUUAGGUUUUGGGCUCUGAACUCUAGCUUUGGUAUUUCUAAAUUUUAGAUGCCUUGUUAAUAAAACAGGGAAAAUGUUAAAGUAAUAUAGAAUUCUUUUUGUUUACUUUUCUCAUUUAUUGAGAAAAUAAAAAUAAAACCUGGAUAUAUUGUUUUAUCACAAGUAGUGUGUAGCUUUUAUAUACUUGGCACAACAAAUAGGGAAUUAGUAUAGCAAAGUCUCCCUCUUAUCAAAGGGCUUUCAUUUGAUAUGUUCAAAACUAUAAAAUGCACUUUUACUUCACAUUCUCUGAAAUGAGUAAAUAUUGCCCUGGAGAAACCUGAGUCUUUGCAUGUGUUAUUCCCAGAGUCUACCUCAGGUCACUAUGCUUGUUAGUUUUAGAUAUGAAUCCAGUUCAGUUCUUCAUCUAUGCAGAUUUGUUUCUUUAAGUACUCUCUUCCCUUGUCCUCUUGCCCUCUUAUUAUUAACUUUUUCAUUUAAACACAAAAUUUUCUUAAAAGCUGUCUUGUCUGUCUUCCUCUUGCAAAGCCAUGUGUUCCCAAGUAGGCCUCUGUGGAUUGUCUGCUCUUCCCCCUGUUGUCAUGGCCACUUCAUUAUUUGGAUGUAUGUCAUUCUUAGGAGAAGGUUCAAACACAGUGUACAUCCUAGUUUCUCAUAGCUUUGUAAACAGGGACAUUAAAAAUUUUGGAACUAAUGUUCAUGUGUCUAGUCUCUAAGAACCUAAAUACUCUUUUUGAAAAACUCACAAAAGUGGACAAUGUACAUUCGUCAGGAGAAACUGCAGUGGGCGCUGUCUGGGUGCUCGCUGUGUGUUAUGGUGGUUUGUAAGUGUCUUGUCAAGAUUUUUGUUCCAGUGUUUGUCUCCCAGUAUUUGACUAGUUUAAAGAAAAAGCGUUUUCUAAAUUGCAUUUAUUAAACGUGUUUUUCUUCUCAUUUUGUGCUGCUACUUUGCUAGUCUUGAGCUUAGUUGGGUUUGUGUGUAGGUUGUAAUCCAGUAAUAAAUUUCUAGAGUGUUGGUUGUUUGUGUUUUGUUUUUUAUGUUCAGUCACUGGGAUGCUUCUUGCCACCAGUGGGAACAACAAACCCCGCUCACUAGUAAGAUAGGACUUUUCCCAGAUUUUUGUUCCUCAUAAAAUAACAUAUUGGUAACUUGACAUUUUGUACUUGCAGUGCAUUAUACUAAUAAUUUCAAGGUUGGUACAGGUAAGAAUUGUGGUUUUUCAGUUGAUUCUGUUUUAAUAAAUACACUUGUCUUAUUUGUGUAGCACCAUUGCAAAAAGCAUGUUCCAUAUGGUGGAUUUUCCAGAUGACUGAAUCUUAUUUUAUGACUUCUGUCACUGUUGUUAUUGUUAAAGUCCAUAGUUUACUGUAGAGUUCCCUGUAUCAUACAGUGUUAUGGAUUUUGACAAAAAACAAAAUGUCAUUUAUCCACCAUUGUAGUAUCAUACAGGCUAGUUUUUUUUCCUUCUCUUCAUUUUUCUUCCCUUCCCAAACCCUGGCAACCACUGAUCUUUUUAUUUCUCUAGUUUUCCCUUUUCCAGAGUGUCAUGUAGCUGGAAUCAUACAGUAUGCAGUCUUUUCAGGCUACUUGCUGUGAGUUACGCAUAAAGCAAAUAUGCAUUUAAGAUUCCUCUAUAUCUCUUUAUAGCUUGAUAGCUCAUUUCUUUUUAACACUGAAUAAUAUUCCAUUGUAUAGAUGUGCCACAGUUUGUUUAUCCAUUCACCUACGUUUAUAGUUCCAGCAACUCUGAAUAAAGUUGGUUUAAACAUU